AAAGGCCGCUGCACUCCUUCAAAAUGGCGAGUCACCUUCGUUUCGUGGCGCGGACGGUGAUGGUUCAAAAUGGGAAUGUAGACGCGGCAUACAAAGCUCUCAACAGGGUGCUGACGGUGGACGGGUUGAUAGACACGGUGCGUCGCAAACGUUACUACGAGAAGCCCUGUCGCCUGCGGCAACGGAAGAACUACGAGAACUGCAAACGGAUAUACAACACGGACAUGGCCCGGAAAAUAUCCUUUGUUUCGCGGACACACAGGCAUGACCCCUGGCUUGGCUGCUAGAAGAACGAGGGGGAGAUGGGAUGAGGGAAGACACCAAGGGGUGGAUACCAUAUAAUGUACAUUCUGGGCCAGGCUUUCUCAUCCACAUGAUUACUCUGACCAUAAGAGGCAACUCCUGAAUUCCAUUCCAGCCCAUGAGCUUAUGACCCAUCACAACCCUGUUACCCUCUGGAACAGUGCAAGUUCUACCCUGAUGAACUUUCUUUGUGUUCUGGGACUCAUUUUGGGGCCAGUGAUUCAGUGUAGUGUUGCCCCUUGCCACUGCCACCACUUCUACUGGGUUCACAGUUAUGAAGAGGAUCCAUCUUUGUCUUUAUUUUCUCUGUAUACACGGAAUUUGAAUCCUGCCCAAUAAACAGUCACUUCCUCCCCCUAAGAGGUUUCUGUCUACCCUGUCAAGAGAUACCAUU